AUGAGCAAUUCUCAAACAAUAGAAAUUUUAGUUAAUAGACUUGAAAAUGAAAAAACAAUAAUAAAUGUUCCUAGUGUAUUAACACUGAAUGAAUUAAAACAUUUAAUUUGUAAUUCUCAAAAAGAAAGAGAUAAUACUGAAUUUACUAUAUUUCAAAAUGGAGAACCAUUAGAAAAAGAACAAGUUGAAUUAAAAAAUGGGGAAGAAAUUGUUGUUGUUUAUGUUUCAAAAUAUCAAAAUAAAGAUAUUAAUUUAUUUGAAAAAACAGAUAUGACAAUUGAUGAAAGUGAUAGAGAAGAACAACCUUUAAGUGAAGAAGAAAUGAUGCAAGUUUUUAAUCAUUUAACCCAACAACAAAAAGAUGAUAUAUUAAUUCUAAGUGAUGUUGGAUUUGAUCAACAAACUGCUGUUGUUGCUUAUUGUAUGUGUGCUGGAAAUAAAGAAGUCGCUGUAAAUAUGUUAUUAACUGGUGAAAUUGCAAUAGAUAUGAGAAUCAUUACUCAGUUUAUGUGUAAUAAAUUUCCUAAUGCUGUGAGAGAAGUUAGACCAACAUUACUUACUCGCAGAAGAAACUUUAACACAAGAAAUGAACACAUGUUUGGAGUUGAAGAUUUAUUAUUUAGAGCAUUAUUAAAUGGUGGGAGACUUGAAGAUAUUCUCAAUGGCUUUAGAGUGGUUGGUGGUUUAGAAGAAGAAAAUAGAGAUGAGAGUGGUGAUGAGAAUAAUGAUGAGAAUAAUGAAGAAGAAAAUGAAGAAGAGAAUGAAGAAGAAAACGGAGAUAUUAGUAAUAGUGAAAAUACGGAGUUGUGA